AUGGCUCCCAUACCUAAAACUCCGAGAACUCCAGUAACGCUGAGGACUAAGUCUCAGAGAACUCCUAAGUCGAAUUUGAAGACACCGAGGUCUUUGAAGGCGUCGAGGACAUUGAAGACACCAAGGAGGUUGAAAGCGCCGGUGGGGAGGUCCUCAAGAACUCCUCGAGCCAACGCCAAGCCCUUGACGAUUGGCGACUUGGUGUUUGAGGCUGUGGAGGCUCUGAACGAUCGGAGGGGCGUCUCGCUGCACGCAAUUAAGAAAUAUCUCCGGGACACCAAGAAAGUCGACACCGAAGCGAAGGCAAUUUUUAUCAAGAAGUAUCUCAAAGUCUUUGUGGAGGAAGGCAAACUUGUGCAGGUUGCAGGCACGGGCGCCAACGGAACUUUCAAACUACCUGGAAAGAAAACCAAUUCGGAAAAACUGUUUGGAGGCUCCAAGGCCGUCGUGAAAGUUGCGAGCAGACCGAAAAUCGGCUACAUAGCAGGGAAGACUUCUGCGAAACCUAUCCCGAAGAUAUCCGAUAAAUACUCGAGUGUGCCAAAGAAUACCUUAAGAGGAAAGAUUAUUAUGAAACGCUAG